CCUCCCUGGAGGGGGGAGCGGAGGCGCUGCGGGCGCUGCCCCCCCCGGCCCGGGCCUUCGUGGAGGAGGGGGCUCGGCUCUGCCGGCCCCGCGCCCUCUGCCUCUGCGACGGCUCCGCCAGCCAGGCCAGCGCCCUCCUGCGGGAGCUCAGCAGCAGCGGCACCGUGCGGGCCCUGCCCCACAGGGACAACUGCUGGCUGGCCUGGACGGACCCCCGGGACGUGGCGCGCGUGGAGGGGCGCACGGUGCUGGUGACGCCGCGGCCCGAGGACGCCGCCCCACAGGCCUCCCCCGCGCCAGGGGGCGCUGUGGCGCACAGCCUGCUGGGCAACUGGAUGAGCCCCGACGAGCUGCAGCGCGCCAUGGACGCCCGCUUCCCGGGCUGCAUGGAAGGCCGCACCAUGUACGUGAUCCCCUUCCUGAUGGGCCCCCCCGGGUCGCCCCUGUCCCGCCCGGGGCUGCAGCUCACGGACUCUGCCUACGUGGCCGCCUCCAUGCGCAUCAUGACCCGCGUCGGGGCCCACUUCCUGCCUUCAUCCUCCUCCUCCUCCUCAUCGUCAUCAUCCUCGGCCGAUGACUUCGUGCGAUGCCUGCACUCUGUGGGGAGGCCUCGCGCGGUGGAGGUGCCGUCGUGGCCCUGCGACCCGUCCCGCACGCUCAUCGCCCACGACCCGCGGCGCCGCCGCAUCGUCUCCUACGGCAGCGGCUACGGCGGCAACUCCCUGCUGGGCAAGAAGAGCUUCGCGCUGCGCAUGGCGGCCGGCCUGGCCCGCGCCGAGGGGUGGCUGGCAGAGCACAUGCUGAUCGUGGGGUUUGAGGACCCCCGGGGCCGCAAGCGGUACCUGGCGGGCGCCUUCCCCAGUGCCUGCGGCAAAACCAACCUGGCCAUGAUGCGGGCGGCCCUGCCCGGCUAUCACGUGACCUGCGUGGGCGAUGACAUCGCCUGGAUGCGCUUCGACCACCAAGGCCGCCUCCGCGCCAACCCCGAGUGCGGCUUCUUCGGGGUGGCCCCGGGCACGUCGGAGGCCACCAACCCGGUGGCCAUGGCCACCAUCCGCCGCGACACCAUCUUCACCAACGUGGGGCUCACCAGCACCGGCGACGUCUAUUGGGAGGGCAUCGGCCAAUCCCUGCCGCCCGACGUCACCCUCACCUCCUGGCGCGGCCAAUCCUGGAAGCCCGGUGACCCCGAGCCCUGCGCCCACCCCAACGCCCGCUUCUGUGCCCCGGCCUCCAACUGCCCCAGCCUGGACCCGGCCUGGGAGGACCCCGAGGGCGUCCCCAUUGACGCCAUCAUCUUCGGGGGGCGGCGCCCCGAGGGCGUCCCAUUGGUGUUCGAGGCCUUCAGCUGGGAGCACGGCGUCUUCCUGGGCAGCGCCAUGCGGAGCGAGGCCACUGCUGCCGCUGAGCACAAGGGCCGGCAGCUGCUCCACGACCCCUUGGCCAUGCGCCCUUUCUUCGGCUACAACGCGGGGCAGCACCUCCAGCACUGGUUGGACGUCGGGGCCCGCGCCGGCGCCCGCCCGCCCCGCAUCUUCCACGUCAAUUGGUUCCUGCGCGACCAAUCGGGAGCCUUCGUGUGGCCGGGCUUCGGGCACAACGCCCGCGUGCUGGCCUGGAUCUGCGCCCGCGUCGGCGGCGAGGCCGGCGCCGUGGCCACCCCCAUCGGGUAUCCGGAGGAGGGGGCCCUGGAGCUGGGGGGGCUGCGGGGGCUGCGGCACCGGGACCUCUUCCCCAUGGAUCGGCCCUUCUGGGAGCGGGAGUGCCGCGAGCUCAGGGCCUUCUAUGGGGAGCACUUCGGGAAGCACCUGCCCAGGGAGGUCAUGGCGCAGCUGGAGGCGCUGGAGGGCAGGCUCCGCAAGAUGUAG